AGUCUUCAGUAGAUGGUGUUUUUUUUUUUUUUUAAGUUAUUUUAUAACAUAUCAAACAAAUUAUUUUUUUACGUUUUACUAAAUAGUAGUAAAUAAUUCGAUGUAUUUUAGACAUUUUAAAUAAACCUGGUGCAUAGUAACUUUUCUAUGAGUUCAUUACCCAAGGAUUUUUUAUUUAAUGUUGAAAUGAAUGAUUCAGUAAUUUCUCAAUCAUCAAUAUCAUCUGAUUCAGUGUCAUCUGAAAGUUCAACAUCUAAAUCUGAUAACUUUUUAACAAUAAAUGAAAAUGAUUUAAAUGAGGAUAAAUUGAAAAAAGAAAUUGAAAAAUGCAAUCAAUUGAUAAGAACUACUAAAGAGUGUAGUCAAGAACGUAUGCGAUUGGUCAGAAGACUAGUAGAGUUAAGAUUCAAAUUAGAAAUGACAAUAGAAAUAAAGGCUUUAGAAAACAAAGAUCAGUUAAAUCAAGCCAAAGUGAUUUUUGGCCAUCAUUUAUCUUUUAUAUGGAAGCCAAAUUUGUUAGAAAAUAAAAUCUGUGAUGUAUGUACAAAAACUAUUUGGAAAUACAUGCAUCAGUUGUAUGAAUGUUCAGAUUGUGGAUACUGUAGUCAUAUUUUUUGUUUAAAUAAAAUUAAAAGGGUUUGUACUGCAGUUUUUGCUAGUGAACAUUCUAUGAUUUUAACUAUCACUCCAUCUAAUGGAUUGUUAUCUCAAGAUUACAAAUGUGCUGAAUGCCAAUCAUAUAUUCGUAUUCGUAAUUCCAAAAUGUCACCUGAAGAUACUCUUUCAUUAGAAGCUCGCUUAUGUGAUUAUGAUGGAAAAUUUUACUGUCCUUUACAUCAUUGGAAUAAUACUGCUUUAAUACCAGCACGUGUUCUAUGUAAUUGGCAAUUUGAGAAAAAAUGUGUAAGCCAGGCAUCUUUUCAACUACUUAAUUAUAAUUUUAAAUCAAAAAUGUAUAAUUUGGAAAAACACAACCCUAAACUCUUUACAUAUUUAGAGUCACUCAAUCAAAUCAAAAAUAUUAAAAAUAGUUUAAUAAAAAUGAAAAAAUACUUGGUUUUAUGCAAAGUUUGGAAUGCACAAUUAAAAAAUGUAUCCUCAAGAUGUCAUGAAUUACUAUAUGAUAGUAUUUUGUAUAGUAUGAAAGAUAUGGUUGAAAUAAAAUCAGGACUUUUUUUAGAAGAUUUACAGAAAGUAAAUGACAUUUGUGAAAAACAUAUUCGAUAUGAAUGCGAAAUUUGUAAAAAUCAAGGAUAUAUUUGUGAGCUUUGUCAAAAGGACUCAAUAAUAUUUCCAUUCGAUGAAGACGCCCAUGGCUGUGAUAAAUGUGAUAAUGUUUAUCACUAUCAAUGUUGGAAAAAUAGAGAUUUCUGUCCUAAAUGCAAAAGAAUUAAAGAACGGUCUAAACUUCAAGAAGUAUAAUUAAAUAUUUUCAAAAGUAUUGAAAACAUUUUAUAUUAAUCUAUUGUAAUA